AUGGAAAUGAGACGAAUGGAUACACACCAAAAACUUGGAAGUUUUAAUGAUCCUUCUCAAGCGGGGGAUAUCGCUAUAGAAAUGAAUGAAAAUAUGAACGAAAUUAAAGAUUUAGAUCAAUCGAUUAAAAUUUUGUUAUGUGCUCCAACCGGAAAAGCAGCAUUUGGAAUAAAAGGAGCGACCUUACAUGCAGCUUUUAUAUUGCCAUACAAUCAAUGCUCGACAGAACUUACUCCAUUAAGUAGUGGUUCCCGAAAUACUUUAUUUGCAAAAUUAAAAGAUCUUAGUUUGAUUAUAAUCGAUGAAAUAAGUAUGGUCGGUUCACGAAUGAUUCAACAAGUUGAUAGUCGAUUAAAGCAAAUUUUUCAAACUUCAAAACCUUUUGGAGGAGUUUCAGUGAUUGUAUUUGGUGAUUUCAAUCAAUUAGCUCCUGUAGGUGACAGAUAUGUUUUUGAAGCUCAUGCAACAGAUCUAUAUGGAGACAUUAUCGGUAACCCUUUGUGGAAUUUAUUCACAAGUUAUGAAUUGACAGAAAUAAUGCGACAAAAAAAUGAUGUAAAAUUUGCUAAAGCUCUUAACAAUUUAGCUAAUGGUACAUUGACUGAAAAUGAUAUGAGUCUUUUUGAAUCUAGAAUAGUAAAAGCUGAUAAUGAUAUACCAGAAGGUGCAAUUCAUCUAUUUCGUACAAAUGAUGAAGUUGAUAAGUUACCUUCUAAUCUUUUAUUAAGCAUUGGUAUUAAAUAUAUGGUGACUGUAAAUAUUGACGUUGAAGAUGGGCUUGUUAAUGGUGCAGUAGGUAUUACAAGGCUUUGGCUAGAUUUUUCUGAUGAUCAAAUAGGUAAAAAAAGAAGAAAAGAAAUUCCAAAAGAAGAUCAUAAAAAUUGGACUGCUAUAGACAAGAUAAUGAAGAAUAUUCAGCCUACAAAAAAAAUAGUAACAAUUAUUCGGGAACAAUUUCCUCUUGUACCAGCAGAAGCAAUUACGAUUCACAAAAGUCAAGGCGGAACUUACAAUACC